AUGGCAGCGGGCAGCAACAUGGCUUCUGAAGAAAAGCCGAGCACUACUCCUGCAAAAAGGGCUGUCCACAAGAUCCGAAUGGCCAGCUUAGUCUUCAGCUUGGCACGAGGUUGGCAGCAGUGGGUAUCUGACCACCAUGUCAAGCAAGCCCAAGAGCCCCCUGGAUGGGUCCCUGCUGCAGAAGACUCAUCAUCUCAGCCUGUACAAGAAAGAUCCUUCAAAAAAUGGCCAAUUCCAUCUGUCAAGAGGGACCAAGAAAAAGAUGACGAAAAAUCUUCAGCAAAGGAAUCAGUGACAAUAAGAGACGCUGAAAAAAAUUCAAGGGAAUCAGAUGAAGCCCUCAAAAAGUUCAGCAUUAAAAGCAAGGAGGUGACCAAAACAGUUGUAAGCAAAGCCUACGAACGAGGAGGUGAUGUUAGCCUCCUCAGUGAAAGAUAUGAGAACAACAAUAGUAGCCCAGAGAUGACCAAGCUCAAAGAAGAAACAAGUGCUAUUGACAAAAUUCUUAGUGGCAAAUUGUCUCCGACCAUAAGGAGAAAGUGUUCAAACGUGGUAUCAGAGCUGACCAAGGGCUGGAAACAGAUGGAACAAGAGGAUGAAGAGGGGGCUAAGGAAGAACUGCUGCUUAAGUGUCACGAUGACAGCCUGGACGCAGAGGACAGUGGCUAUGGGGAAGCAGAGGACAAACUGGAGCAAGAAGACAGUGACCGAGAGGUGACGGCUGUGAGGAUUAAACGUCCUGUGCCAUCUUUGGCAAGCAGGUUUAGCGAAGAAGCGAGCACCAAAGCCCGCAGGAAAUACAGCCCCGUUAACAGCCUGAAGGACAGAUGGCAGGAAUGGGCCGACCAGCACAUCAUAACGCAGAAGCUGAAUCCCUUCAGCGAGGAAUUUGACCAUGAGCUGGCCAUGUCCACGCGCCUGCACAAAGGAGAUGAAGGCUAUGGCCGGCCAAAGGAAGGAACCAAAACUGCUGAAAGGGCCAAGAGGGCCGAGGCCCACAUCCACCGGGAGAUUAGAGACAUGUGCUUCAUCAUUGAAUCAAUGGCUAAGCCACGGCGCGACGGCAAGAUCCAAGUCACUUUUGGGGAACUCUUCGAGAGAUAUGUUCGUAUUUCAGAUAAGGUUGUUGGGAUUCUCAUGAGAGCCAGGAAACACGGGCUGGUGGACUUUGAGGGAGAAAUGUUAUGGCAAGGAAGGGAUGAUAAUGUCAUAAUUACUUUAUUAAAAUAAGCACGUUACAACAAGAGCAACCUGGUUUGGAAAACCUUUCUCCACUUCUCCCUUGCUAUUGGCUUUUGCACAUUUUGAAUACAAGAUUCCCCCCUUUCACAGGCACAGAAAAAAACAUUGAGCAUUUUUCUGAAUAUGUAUAACUGCUGCAUGAUAACGCAAGCAUCUGAAUGGAUUCUUCUCUGUACCAGAAGGGCUUGCAGGACACUUCAAUUAAUUACUACAUGAA